GUGAGCGGAGGGGCGCGUCAGGCCUCCUGCCCGGAGGGCCUCAGAUACUGCGAGGCUGGGGUCGCGGAGCUGAGAGCGUUCGGGCGGGGCGGGAACAUUGCGCCGUCGGUCAAGGCCCAGGACCUUCUGCUCAAGGGGGUCGAGCGCAUCUCGGACGUCUUGCCUGAGGGGCGCGAUUUGGACGGCACCGAGUACGAGACGCCAGGUGCGGAGUUCAACCGCUUCGCGGAGAUCGCGGAGGAUGCGCGCGUGCGCAUGCGGACCGAGUUGGAGGCGGCAAGGAGGCCAGCGGGCGGAGAGCAAGCGGUGGCAGGCGAAGCCCAGGGGUCGGGGCCAAGCUUUGCCGGCCCGGCGACCCAGGGGCAGAAGAACGAGGACAAGGCGGAUGCGGAGAAGACGCCGCCAGGGUUCGACCCCGAAGCCGAUUGGACAGAGGAUACGGCGGACGUGCACCAGUUCGACAUCACGGCUGACCUGCGCGAGGAGCAGGCCGGGAAGCCCGAUGGGGGCCUGGCCGCCGCCCGUGAGUCCAGGGAGGUCCGCGCUGCACUCGGCGCCGAAGUUCUUCCCAUCCCGGAUUGUUUGAAGCUUGUGCAGGGUCAGCCGAUGGCCAGCAACGCCGCCCUGGACGAUGUUCGUGCUAUGAAGAGUCGCGGUGUGGAGCACGUGCGGCACCGAGUCAUCGAUGAGCCCGACGAUCCCGAGGUGCAGGACAACAUCGACAGGAUGCGCCGCGAGGCCUGGGAAAAGCACGAGGAGCGUCGGAGGACAUGUGCCCGUGGCCUGGACACGCGGGACAUGUUCUUGGGCCGCGAACUGGUGUGCGUCAAGCUGGUCAGUGCCGGCGCGGUGCCCAUGACUCCGAACGAGUUUUUAAAUGCGGCGUCUAAGGCACGGGAGGGCCGCUUGCGCAUGCUCGAGCUGCGGGAGCAUUACCAGACGUUGUUCAAGGAGCUCCCGGAUAAGGCAGCGCAGAAGUUUUCGCCGAACCAGCUGGGGGACGACGACGGACCAUCGAAAGCGCUGGUGGGUUUGGUCAAUCACCACUCUGGCGAGGUGGUGGAGCUGGACGGGUGCAGAACGCAGUGGUGCCUUCGCAAGGUCGCACCAGGCAUUGCCAGUGCCGCGCAAGUCGAGAAUCCACAAUUCUGGCGCGUGCAAGGUGGUUACGCCGUGGGGCGACGCCCGGAGGGGCGGCGCGAGUACGGCCAGCGCGGGUCCGAACUCUUCGCCAAAGCCGUCGACGCACAGGCCCAGCGCGAAGCCGCCGCCGCGAACGAGGGCGAGGACAUCAACCCACAGGUAUACACGCCCGCCUGGGCCCGCCAGUGGAGCAGGGCAUGCGUUCCGUGCGAGGCGGUCGAGACGCGCGAGUGGUGUCGGCAGAGCCCCGUCACGACGCUGGGGGAGCUCUUCUGGGACUUGGGCCGGACGCACACGGCCAAGGCCAUCUACGCCUUCCACAGGACGCUCUGGCUGGUCGCGUUGAAGAGGGACAAGAACAGUUCCACCAAGGCGAGCAGUGCGCCAGGCUUUGCCAGCGCAUCUCGGCCAGCCGGGUCGGCAACUGCUUUCGGUUUCACAGGGUCCGACCUCCAGGCGCCCCGCAUCCGCGCAGAUUACUCGUGCCCGGCGACCAACCGCGAGGUGAUCGUGGAGGACUACAUAGAGGCGGUGGGCUUGUCCACAGCGUACGUCAGCUCCAAGACCAAGCAAGCGUUGCUGGACGAGGCUGCGAAGUGCGCGACGUUGGCGCUGCUUCGGGACAUGCGCCCGCCGUGGCUGGAUCGCGUGUUCCCCCGGGCCUUGCCAGGGGGUGGCUUGUUGUCCAAGUUCACCAGACCGUCUUUCCUCUCCUGGGGCGCCAGCUUCCUCGACGUGCUUUUCGGCACCGCUCUGGGAAGCGAUCUCAACGACCAAGCGGUCAGCGUCGACUACCAGCUGGCGGCAGCGUGCGUGAACGUCGCGUCGAUGUCAAGGCUUUUGCGGGACACCGCGGGUCGGGGCCACUACGCGUGCAAGGAGUGUGCUGAGAGGAAACAGGGCGCCGAUGAGACGCCGGGCUUUCCCAGUGUUGCCCUUCGCGCCAUGUACUUGUACCCCGCGGUGUUCGGGCCGGAUGGCGAGCCCACGCCGCUUCGCGCGAUGGCGCCCCAUCGCGUGUUCGCGCACGCGCCUCCGGAGAAUUGGGGGUGGGGCGUCGAGCGAGUCCAGCGCCACGUGGUGACCCAGGCGAACCCCGCGAUAUCCACGGCCACGCCGACAUGGUACACUUACAACGCGGAGGAGAGCGAGGCCAUUUGGAUCGCAUCCAGUGCGUACAAUGCCACGCCGCCGAGCAAGACGUGA